CCUUAGCGUUGCCGCGGCAGUGGAUUUUAAAUAAAAUCCCUACGUAAAUACGCGACAGUUAUGAGCGGUUCCGGAAAGGGUCUUCUGGGCAUGUGGCUCUACAGAAGAGGACAAGAAUGGACCGUCAAAGAAGGAAGCCCGAUGCACAAGGCUCGUGACGUCCCGAUGACUGAGCAGGACGCAAGUGAGGAGAAUAAAAAUUCGGUAGUUUUCUCCCUGAAGAAUCAAGUUGGAGGCUUAGCUCGUGCAUUGCAAGUUUUUCAGGACCUAGGCGUCAACGUUGUCCACAUAGAGUCCCGUCGAUCGGCGCAACGCGGUUCCGAGUACGAAAUUCUGGUCGACGUCGAGUGCGACGGGAAAAGAAUGGAGCAGCUCAUGAGGAUGUUGAGUCGGGAGGUCGCCGCCAUAAACCUGGCCCAAUUCGAACAAACAGGAAAUAUUCCUCAGCCACCAACCUUGUCGGCUGCCCCGAGUUUUGAUUUUAGCGAGGUCGACAUGCCGUGGUUUCCACGCAAGAUCGCUGACCUUGAUCAAGCUCAAAAGGUGCUGAUGUACGGCUCCGAUUUGGACGCUGAUCACCCAGGAUUCAAAGAUCCAGUAUACCGAAAGCGGCGGGAAACAUUCGCUGAAAUCGCCAAUUGUUACAAACAUGGACAGCCGAUCCCGAAGGUGCAAUACACCGCGGAAGAAAUCAAGACUUGGGGCACUGUAUUUCGCGAGUUGCACCAACUUUACUUGAAACAUGCCUGCAAGGAGUAUCUAGAAAACUGGCCGAAGCUCGUCAAGUAUUGUGGGUACAGAGAGGACAACAUACCGCAGCUCCAGGAUAUCAACGUCUUCCUGAAACGAAUGACUGGGUUUCAACUACGCCCAGUUGCGGGCUAUCUUUCGCCGAGAGAUUUUUUGGCUGGUCUGGCAUUCCGAGUCUUUCAUUGCACUCAAUACAUCAGGCACUCUUCGGACCCUUUUUACACCCCAGAGCCGGAUUGCUGCCACGAACUUCUAGGACACAUGCCACUUCUCGCUAAUCCAAGCUUCGCCCAGUUCUCCCAGGAACUGGGUCUGGCGUCUCUUGGAGCUGCCGACGAGGACAUCGACAAGCUAGCGACUCUCUACUUCUUCACGGUCGAGUUCGGCUUGUGUAAACAGGACGGCACUCUUCGCGUAUACGGUGCCGGGCUUCUGUCCUCUGUAGCAGAGCUGAGGCACGCGGUCAGCACCCCCGAAAAAACCUUCAGAUUCGAGCCGGACGUUACCUGCAAGCAGGAGUGCAUCAUAACGGCCUUUCAAAACGCCUACUACUACACGGAGAGCAUCGAGGAAGCGAAGGAGAAAAUGAGAGCCUUCGCUAAUCAGAUCCAACGCCCGUUUGGCCUUCGUUACAACCCCUACACUCAGUCCGUCGAGGUUCUGACGGAUGCGCAGAAGAUCACGGCUCUCGUCAGCGAACUGCGCGGCGAUCUCUGCAUCGUCUCGAAUGCUUUGCGCAAGAUUCACGAACAAGACGAGACCGUCGACGUCGAGAGGAUUACUAGUCUUCUUACCCAGGGGAUCGACCUGCCCCAGGAAUCAUCCGACAGCGAGGAGGACGACAGGAGCCCCAACGUCGACGAGCCUCGAGGAGGCAGGGAUGAUCAGAAUGAGACCGACGCCGAGUUUCAUCCACAUCUGAACCUUGCUUCGCGGCAGCGUUAAGCAACGUUUUUCAUACCUACUGCAGCCCGUUGACAAUUAUUGAUCAUGUCUGAUUAAUGUAUAAUUUAUUUCUCGCAUGUCAGUGCUUUCAGCUAAUUCUAAUGCAUAUAUAUAU